AUGAAGGAUUCCUUAUUCAAGUUGUUUAGUUCUGUUCGCCUUGUACAAGAAGUAUCUCGAUCAACUUCAUCUCCCGCAACCAAUGAUCUUGACAACAGUAACAACACUACUUCAUCCUUAGUUUCACCAGGCAAUGUCUCAAUGUAUCCAACAACAACUAAUAUUAUUUCAACAUUGAUACCUAUCGUCAAAUCAGGACGAACUUGUCGUUCUACCAACUUACAAUCUCAAAACGGUGGCAAUGGUCGACGAGCUUCGAAAUUCAAUAGUGUACGUCGAAAUCGGCAACCUUCUUUAUCAAGGACAUUACCAAAAAUCUUGAAUAAUAGUGGAAGAAGUAGUAACAAUAGUAGUGUUAUCUGGCGUCAAUCAACUCCUCCUUCACUAUCAAUACUAUCAUCAACAUCACAACAAGAUGAAUCAACAUCCAGAUUGCCAUCACGGAAAAAUGAUAUGAACAACAAUACAGCAGGCACAAAAUCCAAAUCGCAAAAGUUAUUAUGUUUAUGGCCACUUCCAACAAUGACUAGAUACACCAUUCUCCUAUCAGUCCUGAUCUCCGCUCUCAAUGCAUGUCAAUUGAUUCAUCUCACCUGUUCAUCUCCCAAAUAUGUGCUUUUUCGGCAUGAAGUUAUCAAUCUCUUAUUGUCUCCGUUUUUGUUCAACUUUACUCUUCAUGGCCUUGUUUUGUUUGGUUGGAAUGUUUUGAUUUUGGGUCUAUUUGAAGAAUCUUUGGCUCAACCUCUUGGUGGCACUCGUCGAUUUUGUCAGGUUGUGUCCUCCAUUGUUCUUGCUGUCUGUACUAUUCGACAAGGUAUUGGCUAUUUGUUUUCCAAAUCUACUGGAUGGGCUCUUCCAACAUUGUUCUUUAGUGAUUCUAUACAUGAAUGCAAUCAAGGUUUAGCUCCUUUUCUAUUUGCAUUGUUGAUUAUCCAAUCAGUUAGUAUUGAUGACAAAUAUAUCUUGAUCUUUGGUGAAGAUGAAGAUUCCAACUACAAAUUGACAAUACGCAAGGUGACUUUACAACUGAUCAUGUUAUUAGUGAAUUAUACGGUGAAGAAUAUUUUAUGGUGGUCUUUGACAGGUUUACUUACUGGGUACUUGGCAACAAUUGUUAUUCAAGCAACUUAUUUACCACGCGAAGAUGAUGGAUUUUAUAUGUUAACUCACACUUCGGAAGAUCAAGAACAAGGAUCAACGUCAUCCUUUUAUGGUGAAUUGAAUGAAAAGACCUCUUCAUGGAAUGGAUUAUUGGAUCCUUAUCGACGUACACCUCUUUGGCGAAUUCUUUGGACAGCAAUUAAACGAGGCACAGUAGUCAUGAUGAUUACUUUACCUUUACUAUUGUUAUGUAAUGCUUAUUAUACCCAGGAACAUUUUGUGGAUGAACUGACGCUGAACAAUGCCCUUAGUAAGGAUCCUUACUUGUUUUCGUUUGUGAUUAUGACGGCUCCACGACGCGAUGAUCCUCCUUUUUUGACUCAAACAUUACAAAGUUAUAUGGAUCAAUGGCCACUUCUACCACCGUCUCCUUCUUCUUUGUCUUCCAUGGUGAAAGCUCCUUCACUCUAUGAUCGUCUUCAAGUCAUUGUUUAUACUCACUUUUCCAAUCACUCUGAAUAUGAUCGUGCUUAUGAUUAUUUUAGUCAAGAUCCUAAAGGUCAACGUUAUAUCAAAUGGAUACGUGAAGAAGGCAAUGUAUGGAAUCAUCGAUUACAUAUUUCAAGUGCAUUACGCCAUGCUACCUCUAAUGCAUCAAGUACUUAUGUAGCUCUUUUGGAAGAUGAUUUCCCUAUCUGUGGACGACAUGCUUGGCGUGAAAUUGAAAAUAUCAUUUAUGAAGCAAAUCAACAAAUUCCUAAUCAUUGUGGUGUCUUUGUUGGUACUGGUGGAAGGUAA